AUGGAUGUCGAAUCUGCGGCCAUCAAAGCCACCGGUAUUCAAGAUGAGGAGGAAGAAAACUCGCCAUACCCAGAGGUCAGGGCAGUGGUCCCUAAUUAUGAUAAGGAACUGCCCGCAAAUACCAUUCGCGCAUGGUUUCUAGGCAUCCUCCUCUCUGUGCUUGGCGCAGCGGUUAACACUGUGUUUGGGUUGAGACAACCUCAUAUCAGCAUUGGAGUCAUGACAGCUCAGUUGGUUGCAUACGUGCUAGGCAAGGCGUGGGCUCGGUUUGUUCCUUCUAGAGAGCACAACACGUUUGGUGUCAAGUGGAACCUUAAUCCUGGCCCAUUCAAUGUCAAGGAGCACACCAUCAUUGGUGUUAUGGCCGGGGUAUCCUUUUCGACCGCUUACGCGACAGACAUCAUUCUUGCCCAAGUUGUUUUUUACAAGCAAGACUUCGGAAUGGCGUUUCAAAUUCUGCUCGUCAUUACUACUCAAAGUAUCGGGUACGGUAUUGCGGGUCUCUUCCGGAAAUUCUUAGUUUACCCAGCAGCCAUGUUGUGGCCACAGGCCCUAGUCGGCGUUAGCCUCAUGCAUGCUAUGCACGACGACAAUGAAGAGUUGGACCCGACGGUGUUUGGUGGGAAUAUGUCGAGAUUCAAGUGGUUUGGUAUUAUUACCAUCGUGUCGUAUCUAUAUUAUUGGAUUCCCGGGUUUCUGGCCCAAUUCCUUAGCAUAUGCACCUUCAUGACCUGGAUAUACCCAAAAAACCCUGUCACAAAUCAGUUGUUCGGAGGCACGACCGGCCUUGGACUUCUUCCUGUUACGUUCGAUUGGACCACCAUUACUGGCUUUACCGGCAGCCCUCUGAUCCCGCCAUGGCAUGCAAUUGCCAACACCUUGAUUGGGGUAGUGAGCUUUUAUAUAAUUGGCACUGCUGGCUUGCACUUUGGCGGUGCCUGGUAUGCGAAGUUUCUACCCAUCAGCGACUCUUCAACCUACGAUAAUACCGGAGUCCGCUACAAUGUUUCGAAGGUCACAACAUCUCAACUUACAUUGGACGAAGCUGCGUAUAAAACUUAUUCGCCACUGUUCCUGUCGACAACAUUUGCUCUCACUUACGGGCUGUCUUUUGCCACGAUCUCAUCUCUGGUGGUUUACGUAUGGCUGAAUCAUCGCCAUGAAAUCACGAGACAAUUCCAAAGCUCAAAGGAAGAGAAGCCCGACGUUCAUAUGAAGAUGAUACUGAAGUAUCCAGAAGCGCCUGUGUGGUGGUACAUCGUUCUAUUCGCGCUCAUGCUGGCACUGUCGCUCGUUGUGGUGCUUGCCUAUCCGACCGAGUUCGCCUGGUGGGCAUUCCUAUUUUGCAUCAUCUUCGCGACUGUCAUGGCAUUGCCUUGCGGCAUCAUCCAAGCAAUCACGGCCCAGAACAUCUCUCUCAAUGUUAUCACCGAGUUCAUCAUGGGAUAUAUGCAGCCCGGGAAGCCGAUAGCCUUGAUGAUGUUCAAGACCUACGGAUACAUCACCGUAACCCAAGCCCUUCAUUUCACAGGUGACUUGAAACUUGGACACUACAUGAAGAUACCUCCACGGACAAUGUUCACAGCCCAAGUCGUUGCCACAACCCUAGCCUGCAUCGUCCAAGUCUACACCCUGAACUUUGCCUUAAACAACAUCGAAGGCAUCUGCACCAUCGAACAGAAGCAGCGCUUCACCUGUCCCGGCGGCCGCGUUUUCUUCUCUGCCUCCGUGAUCUGGGGCCUGCUCGGUCCCCAGCGGAUGUUUAGCCCUGGCCAAACCUACUCCGCGCUGCUCUGGUUCUUCCCCUUCGGCGUCGCCCUAUCACUCAUCCUCCACUUUGCAGCAAAACGCCUGCCGAAAUCCCCGCUCAAGUACGCCAUGGCGCCGGUGAUCCUCGGAGGCGGCACCAACAUUCCGCCCGCGUCGCCGAUGAACUACUUGACGUGGGGCAUGGUUGGCUUCGUGUUUCAGUGGUAUAUCCGCACGAGGCAUUUGAGGUGGUGGUCACGCCUGAACUAUAUUACGGCGACGGCGCUGGGGACUGGGUUGGCCUUGAGUACGCUGACGAUUUUUGUUAUUUUCACGCUCAAUCGGAUUGAUGCGCCGCGUUGGUGGGGCAAUACCGUCAUCCACACUACCAUGGAUGUAGCGAAUACCGCUGUUCAGGCAAAGGUUGCACCUGGCGAUACUUUUGGGCCCAAAGAGUGGUAGUGUGUAAGAUGCAUGAUGAUUAAAGUCAGCUUUUCAAGUUUUUGCUUCUUUCGAGUGGCCACAUGUUUUAUAUUCUUUCAGUUCCAUACUGUUUAUGAGUAGCCCUAUCGAUCCAGACAAUCCUCAGCUCUAGC